UCUACGUGUCUUCUGGUGUACCGGUGUCUUUCGUGCUUUCGUAACAAACAACACGGUGUCUGCUUGUGCUUUCUAUGUUCUUAUUCGCAGUGCACGUGAGAACGUUUAGUAGCUAUCCCUCAGUUGCGUUCUUUUUAAACAACGUUGAAGUUGCCGUAGUUAAAUCCGUACCUGGCUACCAACAGAAGCUAACGUUAGCCAACACCGAGACGACUUUUUGGGCUACAUCGCUAGAAUGGGCGAGGAGGCUAACGACAACUCCAAGUCGAGCGGAAAAAACACAAAUAGCGAAACCGUCGAUGAUGCCUUAAAAUACUACACAUUAGAGGAAAUAAGAGUACAUAACAUGAGCAAGGACACGUGGCUCAUUAUCCACGAUAAGGUAUACGACAUCUCGAGUUUCCUAGAAGAGCAUCCAGGGGGCGAGGAGGUUCUGCUGGAGCAGGGCGGCGCUGAUGCUACAGAGAGCUUUGAGGAUGUAGGACAUUCCUUAGACGCCAGAGAGAUGCUGCAACAGUACUACAUUGGAGAGCUGCACAUGGAUGACAGAAAGAUGGACAAAAAGAAUGUAGACGCUUCAAAUUCACAGGAAUCAAGCUCCUGGACUUUGUGGUUGAUACCUGCCGUCAUUGCCGUCACUCUUGGGAUCCUGUACCGUUUCUUCGCCCUUGAAAACAAGUCAUCUUGAGUGCUGCUGUCCAAAAAUGAUCACAUUUUUCUCAUCAGGAGGCCUUCAUUUUUUCGACCAAAACCCUUUUUUUCCACACCAAACACUUAACACGUGUGCGUCUGUCAGUUUUCUGCCUUGAAACGUCUUCAUGUUGUUGCUGUCAUAACUUUCCAUGCCUUUUUUACACCUCAACAAUGAUGGCUGCACUGGUGGCAUGUCAGAAUGUGGUUGAUGGCCUCUGGUGCUUUUUGUAGAAGUAAUAAAUUAAGAUUUUGUGUCCAAAAUUUGCUACUAAAAUGUAAUCAAAAGUUAUUUUUCGUCAUUGCCUUGUGUUUAGUUAUCCAGCCAUCAAAUCCUUUCUCCCCUUUUUUAGAGCUGUGGAAUUCUGUUUCAUACCUGGAGUUUUUUUUUAACAAAUUGCUUCAACUUUGUUCUUUUUUAAAACCAUAGAUAGACAGACUAAAGUACAUUUCAGUCCACUUUCAUUCCAACAAAAAGCAGAGAGGAUACCCUUAUAAUUAAAUGCUGUGUUAUGAAUCUGAUAGUUUUUUCUAUUUUAUGUAAUACGUUUUUAAUUUAUAGGGGAGUUUAUUGUCGUAGAUUUUGCGUUAAGUUGUGUUGUAACUGUGCUGUGGAUUUCAUGCCGGGUAGCUUGCCAGAUACUGACCUCUAUAGAAGUCUUCUUAGGUCACCAUCAGUACAAAAAUGCUGUUUUCAAUAUAAAAUCCAUGUUAUACUACUGUAAAAACACAUUCAGCAUUGAGUUGUUUUUAAAUCACCUGUUGCAAACAGUUUAGAUUUUUACUAAAGUGAUGGCCGUUACUUGGAUCACAUUAUUUAAAUAUUUUUUUAACAUCCAAACGUCCAACAUAGAUUCAUUGAACAAUGGAAAAGUCAUGCACUUUUUACAUUGUAAUGAUAAAAAAAUGAGGAACAACUGUAAAAAAAAAAUACAGUAUGUUUAUAUGUUUAUCUUUGUAUUGGGUAAAAUAUGUAAUGAAUUUGGGAGAGAUAAAUGUUGAAGAAAAAAAUCCUUGUAUUUUCCUAAUGUAACAAAUAAACAUGAUAAAGUUUUCAUUA